CUGAUACAGAAAAUCUAGUAACACCGGAUCGCUUAUUCUUAACCUCGUGCAUGGAAAUGGUGAUUUUAUCCAAGGAGCUACAACCCAGCGGCUCGCUCCGUCUCCUCUCCGGCUGAUGAUAAGUUGCCUUUACGCGGUCAAUGUUAGAAAGAGUGUUUGCGCUCGCGUUGGUGCGCGUCCCCGCAGCUCAUUUCUCUCCGUGUAGAGCACUAGAGGCGGACGCUCCGUCAGACUGUGAGGACGCCUGAAAUAAAGCCUUUAUCUCCAUUACCGAGCCUCAGAAGGACACUGGCACGAUGUUUGAAAACAGAGGAUUCCCCUUUAUAUUGCUUGACCUCGCGUGCCUAAUACUCGCUGGCCUCCCGCUUGCAGUGUUUAACCUGGGUAAAAUCAAACCGUAUCAGCGGGGCUUUUUCUGUAAUGAUGAGAGCAUCAGCUAUCCCUUCCACACCAGCACAAUCACCUCCACUGUGCUCUACACAGUGGGCUUCACACUUCCCAUAUGUAGUAUGAUCAUAGGGGAGUGCCUUUCAGUUUAUCUAAACCGCAUCAAAUCAAAGUCUUUCUGUAACAGUUAUGUGGCCUGUGUCUAUAAGGCCAUUGGCACCUUCUUGUUUGGUGCCACCAUGAGUCAAUCACUAACUGACAUCGCCAAGUAUUCCAUCGGCCGGCUGCGUCCACACUUCCUGAAUGUGUGCAAACCGGACUGGACUCGGAUCAACUGCACAGGAGGGGCUUACAUUGAGGACAUCAUCUGCACUGGGGAUCCAGACAAGGUCAAUGAGGCAAGACUCUCAUUCUACUCGGGACACUCGUCAUUCUCCAUGUACUGUAUGCUGUUCCUGGCACUUUAUCUUCAAGCAAGAAUGCAAGCUGAAUGGGCAAGGCUCCUUCGCCCCAUGCUCCAGUUCUUCCUGAUCGCUGCCUCCAUUUAUACAGGACUGUCACGUGUCUCAGACUAUAAACACCACUGGAGUGAUGUUCUCACAGGACUAAUACAAGGAGCCAUCAUGGCUUUACUAGUGGUUUUCUGUGUGUCGGAUUUCUUCAAAAAGAAAGUUGAACCACAGAGAGAGGCAGAGAUCCCACACACCACCUUACAAGAGAUGCCUACGAAUGGAAAUCAUUAUGAAAACCCAAACUGAACUUUCAUGAGCCUCUGUGGGUGGGAAGGGGUUUCAGCGUGCACCCACUAUGAGGGCAGACCACUACGGUGGAAACCUGUGAAUGUAACCUGCUUUCUAUGUUCUCCAGACUCUCUAUGGAUGCAGUCCCACGUUGCCUUGGCUGGACUGCUUCUGCUGCUACCACAGCUUCCUCUGUAUCUCCAAAAACGUAUAUAAGUGUACCUCUAUUAAGCCACAAAAGAAAAAAUGU